AGAGUAAAGACAAGGAAAAUUACGCUUUUAUAUUUUCUGAUCAAAUAAAUAAAGGUUUGCGGUUUGAAUUUAAAGACAAUUAUUGUAAUUAAUCAUGAAAAUUGGUACUAUGAUGAAAAAUAUCGUAUGUAGUGAAGGAUCAACUCCGUUGCCAAUUGGAAUUUGUUUACUCAUGUUUAUAAUUGUGCUAUUCAACGAUUUGACUAUGACGUCAGUUUUCUCGUACCUUCCUCGUCUAGUAAAGGAGUUCGGUAUUUCCGAAGUUGAUGUUGGAAAAAAAACUGGUAUAAUUUCAUCUUCAAUGUUUAUCGCCAAAAUAUUUAGCAGCUCAAUAUGGGGAUAUUUUUGCGAUAAAUGGGGAAGAAAGUUAUCACUUUUGAUGAGUGCAGGAGGCGUUGUACUUUCCACUUUGAUGUUUGGUUUUUCAUUCAAUUAUAACUGGGCUGUUAUGGCAAGGUUUUUCCAGGGAUGUUUUAUGGAAUCUCUACGUGUGAUUAAAAUGCAUACUGUGUUAGAAGGAGAAACCAUAGGUUUAAAUCUUAUACCUGGAAAAAAACUAUGUACAACCUGUCGAAGUAAAGUUAUGACAUUUUUAUCAAAAUGUAUAAGUAAAAAUAAAAAUGAUGAAGAUUUAGAUAUUGUUAAUGAGAGAUCCAUUCAAAAUAAAAAAGAGAGUGUAGAUACACACUUUGCAUGCAACUAA